AUGGCCGAGGUCGCUUCUUCCAAGAGAACAAAACGCAAUAGCAUCGACAGCGACGGCGAAGCCAAGAACAUGAAACGCAUAAAGACGGAGGGCGACGGUGCGGGCAAGAAGAAGGUGCCCAAGCUCGAGAGCAGCAGCGAUGCAUCCAACCCGUACUUGGCACACCUGUACGAAGGCGGACAGGACGCGUACGGCGGCCAGUCGUCGGACAGCUUCUUCGCGGGAAUGACGCCACACGAUACGACGGCCGUGCAGGCAGCCAAGCAGUACUUUCAGAUCCUCGAAGGACGGCGCAACUUGCCAGUGCACAAGCAGCGACAGGAGUUCCUGAAAGUGUUCCACUCGACGCAAAUUCUCGUCUUUGUGGGCGAGACCGGCUCGGGCAAGACGACGCAGAUUCCACAGUAUAUUCUGUACGACGACAUGCCGCAGUUCAAGCGCAAAAUGAUUGCGUGCACGCAGCCGCGACGGGUGGCAGCGAUGUCGGUGGCCCAGCGUGUGGCAGACGAGCUGGACGUGGAGCUGGGCGAGGAGGUGGGCUACAGCAUCCGGUUCGAGAACCGCACAGGGCCGAAGACGCUGCUCAAGUACAUGACGGACGGCCAGCUGUUGCGCGAGUGCAUGAACGACCCCGACCUGACGCGCUACAGCUGCAUCAUGAUCGACGAGGCGCACGAGCGCACGCUGGCGACAGACAUCCUGAUGGCGCUGCUGAAGAACCUGUCGCUGCGGCGGGCCGACCUCAAGAUCGUCAUCAUGUCGGCCACGCUGGACGCACAAAAGUUUCAGCGCUACUUUCACAAUGCGCCGCUGCUAGCCGUUCCUGGUCGCACGUUUCCGGUGGAGAUCUUCUACACGCCCGAGCCGGAAAAGGACUACGUCGAGGCAGCCGUGCGGACCGUUCUGCAGAUCCACGCAACCGAGGGCGAGGGCGACAUUUUGCUCUUCCUGACGGGCGAAGACGAGAUCGAGGAUGCGUGCCGGCGCAUCAGCCUCGAGGUCGACGAGAUGAGCCGGGAGUCGGAUGCGGGCCCGAUGGCUGUGUACCCGCUGUACGGCACUCUGCCGCCGCAUCAGCAGAACCGCAUCUUUGACGCGGCACCGGCACCGUACAAGAAGGGCGGCCGGCCAGGCCGCAAGUGCAUCGUGUCGACGAACAUUGCGGAGACGAGUCUGACGAUCGACGGGAUCGUGUAUGUGGUGGAUCCGGGCUUCAGCAAGCAGAAGAUCUACAACCCGCGGAUCCGGGUCGAGUCGCUGCUGGUGACGCCGAUCUCGCGGGCUUCGGCCCAACAGCGAGCCGGUCGAGCUGGACGAACGCGUCCUGGCAAGUGCUUCCGGCUGUACACGGAGAAGGCGUUCAAGCAGGACCUGAUCGAACAGACGUACCCGGAGGUGCUGCGGUCGAAUCUCAGCAACACGAUCCUAGAGCUCAAGAAGCUGGGCGUCGACGAUCUGGUGCACUUUGACUUUAUGGACCCGCCGCCGCCGGAGACGAUGAUGCGGGCGCUCGAAGAGCUCAACUACCUCGCCUGUCUGGACGAUGAGGGCGAGAUGACGCAGCUGGGCAGCACAGCGUCGGAUUUCCCGCUGGACCCGUCGCUGGCGGUGAUGCUGAUCACGUCGCCCGAGUUUUACUGCUCCAACGAGAUCCUAUCGAUCGUGUCGCUGCUAUCGGUGCCGAUGCUGUUUUUGCGACCGGCAGCGUCGCGCAAGCGGGCCGACGAGGCCAAGGCGUCCUUUUCCCACCCCGACAGCGACCACCUGACGCUGCUGAACGCUUACCAUGCCUUCAAGGGCGAGGAGCUCAAGGGCACCGACAUGCGCAAGUGGUGUCACGAGCACUUCUUGUCGUACCGCCACCUCAGCAGCGCCGACAACGUGCGGCUGCAGCUCAGGGCCAUCAUGGAGUCGCGCGAGGUCGAGCUGGUCAGCACCGAGUGGGGCGACAAAGACUACUACACCAACAUUCGCCGCGCCCUGUUGGCCGGCUUCUUUAUGCAGGUGGCCCACCGCCAGGCCUCGGGCAAGAUUUACCGCACCAUCAAGGAUAACCAGGCCGUGGUGAUUCACCCGAGCACCGGCGUGGCCACCGACUUCGAAUGGGUCUUGUACAAUGAAUUUGUCCUCACGAGCAAGCAGUACAUCCGGACCGUGACCGGCAUCAAGCCGGAGUGGCUUUUGGACAUUGCGCCCAACUACUACGACCUGGCGGCCUUUGAGGACGGCGAGGCCAAGGCAGCCCUCAAGCGCGUGGCCGAGAAGACCCGCCGGAAGGAGGCGGCUCGGUCGGGGAACUAA